GUCGCAAGUCGCAACUACUGAACUUCCCUAAACUUCCCCGGAGUUGCGUUCCGUUUGGUAGACCGAACUUACUUAUCCAUCAACCCUUUGUAAUUGAUCAAACAAGCAUCCAGAUUGACCCUCCAUUCCGGCGACAAUAUGGCGACAGACACUAAGGACGUGAAGGACGUUAAAGACGUCAAAGACGAAACUCCUGCCGACACUCGGGAUGCGCUUGAAGUGCUGGAAUCUGAAGCCAAGGAGUGGGAGAAGGAUGCCGAGAUCGACCGUAUCUUGAAAGCCUUCCGGCUCGACGCCUACUCAGUCCUCGGCCUCAAGCCCGGCGUGACCGAAUCCGACAUCAAGAUUGCUUACCGCAAAAAGUCCCUGCUGAUCCAUCCCGACAAGACCAAAAACCCCUUGGCGCCUGAGGCGUUCGAUAGACUGAAGAAGGCGCAAACGGAGCUAAUGGAGGAGAAGCACCGCAAGAACCUAGACGAAGCUAUCGCGGACGCGCGCAUGCUGCUGAUCCGCGAGAACAAAUGGACGGUCGACAGCCCUGAGCUCAAGACGGCCGAGUUUGAAAAGAAGUGGCAGGAAAAGACCAAGUUUGUGCUGAUCGAGAACGAGCAGCGACGACGCAGACAGCUCAAGGCGCAGAUGCAGGAGGAAGGCCGCGAGCAGCGGAAAGCUGACGAGGAGGCUGAGCAGCGCAAGCGCAAGAGGCAGCACGAAGAGGACUGGGAAAAGACGAGAGACCAGCGCAUCGAUAGUUGGCGCGCGUUUCAAAAGGGCAAGUCUGGGGAUUCGGAUAAGAAAAAGAAAAAGAAGUUGAAGCCUAUUGGCUGAGCAAGAAGAACCUGCAAUGCUCUUUCAUAUGAGCAUGCGCAGCAAUAUUCAACUACGGCAAUUGCAAGAUGUGUUCAUCAACGAUGCAGUAGCGGAGCUUACAACGAAUCGAAGGAAGCCAUUUUUCUUGGGUUUAGAGGAAUGGGGGUGUUUACACGCAAAGCUUUGGGUCGCGACUUGGUCGCUGUUUUAUGGGACAAGGUGCUUAUACAUAUACACAUCAGAGAAUCAUGAGGCAUCAGCAUUUUCAGGUAUCUUGGCAGCUACAACAUCUGAUAGUCGAGGUUCCCGCUCAAAGAUUGCUUUACACCCCUCUCAUAUUUUCUAUUCCAGCAUCAGCUGACAAGUUUGACGGUACGUCGGGUAUCUCCCUUCCCUCCUGUUAUCUUUUCUUUGUAUGAAUGCUCGUCCUCGUCCCCCUCUUUGUGAAUGUUUCAGCUCUUUUGUAACUUGUAGGUUGUGCAUGCCCUGUUUUGAGUCUACAUGGUAUGUUGGUAGAUUCAAUGACGAAGAUUCCGACACUUUUUCCAUGAUAAGAAUUUCGAAGAUUUACUGCAUCGCCUCCUUCACCUUGGGCGCGUGCUUCUUCUUGUACUGCACAAACCUUCCCAGGUUUAUCAGUGCCUCAUCGGCCUUUAUCCUCAACUCCUCAAAGGCCCUCUUGUUGAUGCCCUUGGCAACUGCCUUCAACUUGGGCUGGAGCUCCUGGAGGUGGCUGAAGAAGCCGUCCUUCCAGAAUACUUCGGCAUCGCACGUGUAUUCCUCAUCGCCAUAAAUGUCGAACACUUCAUUUAGUGCCUGAAUUAUGUCCGCCGGGGGGACUCCAAACUCUCCAGCACUACCGAGAAGAGUCAUCAGGAAGACACCAACUUCGCGGUUAAUAUCGAUAGGGGCGGGGUCGCGAGCCAGAGCGCCGAGAACGCCAAUGCACUUAACGCCAAGGCCUUGGAAGGGAUCCUCCUGAGUUUGUUGCUCCUUAUUCUUGUCGUCUGCAUCAGAGGUGAUAGUGGAUUGUUGUUGCGCCUUGGACACUUGGUAAAGAGACAUGAACUUGCGGUGCUCGUUUCUGCUGAGGGGGGUGGUGCCGUUUAGACUGCGGGCCACAGCCCACGCGAGGCUGGUCACUUGAGUGGCAAGCUGCAGGUCGGCGCUAUCGGCUUCGAGGAUCGGGGAGAUGGUCCGCUGCCAGAUUCUCUUUCCGGCGGGUGCCCAUGCUUUCCAGAUGUUGGCGUUUUCACCGUCAGAGAAGUCGAUACAUGAAAUAGUCCAAGCAAUAUUGUUGAGCGCGCUGAUGGCGUGGCCCUGAAUAGCCAUGCUAUUGUCAUCAUCCACAGCAAUAUUGGUCAGCCGGAUAAGCUGAGGAAUCGCCUUGUUUAUAAGUUCGCGAAGUGUGGGUAGAUCGUCGAGGUCGUCUUCGUUGUCGUCUUCGGAAUCCAUGCCGGUAACCUUCUCUAGGUCGGCUUCAUCGAACUCUGCAUCAUCUGAAUCGCCCUCUUCCUCAUCGCCCUCCUCCUCCUCAUCCUCUUCGUCGUCCUCCUCGUCCUUAUCGUCACCAGAGCCCUCGUCAACGUCCAUAGCGUCGUCGUCCUUCUCGGCUUCUUCGAACCCAUUCCACUCUUCGUCCUUGGAAGCACUACCAGGCUGAGGGCGGUUACCCUUUUCCAGUGCGGUCUGCAGGUCUGUUCCAAUCGAGGCCACAAUCUCAAGAGCAACCUGCAUCAUUUGAGCCCAGCUAUCGGCCUGGCCAUUGGCCUUGUUGCUCGGAGGAGGCAGUUCUAAGGCCUUGGAUAAGGUUGGAACAAGCAUGGCGUCGCAAGCACCAUCCUUGCCUGGGCUGUGAUCCAACCACUGAAGCGACGCAAACACAUUGUGAAGGACUCCGCAAACGAACACGGAGCGGGGACCGCCAGCAGCGACAAGCUCAAGGAGUUUGUCGUAGCAUCGGGUCUCUUGGUCGUCGGUGAUGGCUUGGCCGAGUGGUAGAUUGUCUUCGGAAAGCGUCAUGAGGCAGGAGAGAGUCUCCUCGAAGGCGGCUUGGGGAACGGCCUCGGUGGCGACGAUGCGGAAGAGGAAGCGAACGACGUUCUGGUUGGCGACAAUAGCCUCAAGAAUCUCAUCGCGAGCAAGGGCGAGGGAGCUAAGAAGGACGAGGAGGGAAUGGCUCAUGUCCCAUACGAUGCGCUGCUGGCCUUUGGUGAGUUUCGCAAAGGGCGGCUCGGUUGAGGCAAGCGUUUCGUUAAGGGCCUUGGCGGCAUGUUCGAUGGCGGUUAAGAUGUCGAGUCUGUAGAGGUGAACGCAGAAGUCGCUCUCCUCCUCCUGGACGAGAACCUUGAGAAUCUCCCAGCCGGCGGCGCGGCUAUCGAUGCUGUUGUCGGUAAGGGUCUCGGUAAGCACGAUGGGUACGAUCUGUUCACGGAGCAGAAGCUUUCUGCACUUGGUAUCCUGGACGAUGUUUGCGAUGGCACCAGCAGCGGCUGUGCGAGACUUGAUAUCGGGGCUCUGUAGGUCCUUGACGACGGGGAGAAUGCGGCUUUCGCGCAAGGCAGCGAGCUCGGGGUCCGAUGGGGGCUUCACAGGCUUCGCGAUAGGGUCGGCGCGAUUGGGCCGGACUCUGUUUUUGCGGGACUUGCCCAUCUUGUAACACCGAAAUGUGAAAAGACAAUUGUUGGAGGACUGGAAAGAUUGGGAUGGUUAAAGAUGAUGUGUAAUCGGCGACGUGGGAAGCAAGCAAAGAAAG